CCGGUUAUUUCACAUCCUGUGAGGAGAGCUGUUCAAGUUUGUGGAUCUAACGGUACGUUGGGAAAACAUCGACUUCGACUAUAAUUAUUUCUUGAAGUGUGAUGUCUACAGAUAGUCGUGAUGGAGGGUGGAACUGGAGUCUACUACCAAGCAAUGCCUGCAGUGGGACCAGAUGGGAAAAACGUCAUGAAGUUGAUCCCUGUCCAGAAAGUGAACGGUCACUUUUAUCAGACGCCAUUUAAUAUGGAAAGAGACAAUGUGGAUCUACACCUGAAAGCUUUUUCAAAACCUGUUCAUCCUCCUGCUCCGUCUUCAUCUCAAACACAGACUGGACUUCCCUCACUUCAACCCAUAGCAGAUGGACGGGUUGUUCUAAAAACCCUGCCAGAGUUUAGAACUUUGACCAACUCCAUCAAAACUCAACCCAGUGUUAUUAACAACAUCACCAUUCACAAUCAAAAGCAAAGGCAUGUUCCUCUUGCAACACACUCGCUUGCCCAGUAUACAGUCCAGUUACCACCUCAACCCAAUGGACAGAGCAUGACAGCGGUUCAAACGCUGCCUGUUACCGUUAAGUCACCCGUUCUCCCAAACGGUCAUUUCCUGCAGAUCCCACCGAAUGCAAAAGUUAGGACUCUGCCAGCAACUGCACUCCCGCAGUCUAUUAAAUGCCGGAUAAUGAACUCUGUGAAUUACACUCCUAACCUUGGGAAGGGUCCACCCACCGUUGUUCUUGUGUCCCCUGUGAACUCUGUGAAGCUAAAUUCUGACCAGCAAAUGCUUUUGCUUACUAAGCCGAGUGUAAUAAACCCUCCUGAAAACUUGCAAACACCGGUUUGUGUUGCUAAAACGAAUGAAGCUGCGAACACUCCCAUUAAAUGGGUUGUCCAGGAGGGAACAGGCGCAACCGCUCCUUGCCUUGUACCUUUAUCGACACCCGACAUGACCUCUGACAUCUUAAAAGCAGUCAAGCACUCACUUGGUAUGACAAAUGAAAUGACGCCAAGUAAAGCCACACCUCCUCAGGCCAGCCAAGAAAAGAUCACUCCGGGCAAGGACAACGCAUUGGUCAUGUGCAACGGGAAAGUCUAUUUUGUGGCUAAGAAAAAUUCUGAGAUCGCCAAGGAUGUGAUGACCAGUGAAGGUGGAAAAAAGGUGGUUGUCAACAUUUCUCCUACCCUGUCCGCCAGCGAAGAUGGAAAAAAGGUGGUUGUCAGCACUUCUCCUGCCCUGCCCGCUAGCUCUGCUCUGGGGUCCAAUUCUUUUACGAGCCCCACCAAACGUGUUAGUGAAAUCAUUGAUCUCUGUGAUGAUGAUGAAGAGACGUCCACGUGCCUGGGAGGCGCCCCGGGUAAUUUGCCCACACCGAGUCAAACAGAGGUGGAUGAGAGCGAUGAAGACUCUAAUGUAAUAUUUGUGUCGUAUAUUCCACCAAAGUCAUGUGAAAAAGUGGCAAAACCUGUCUCUCUGAAUGAAGGGGGAAAAACGGCACAUGCAGAAAUGGAAAAAAAUGAUGUUUUGGAUGUUUCUUCUGCUAAAACGGAUGAUGACAGAAUAAAUGUGGAUGAUGAGCAGGUCACGGAAAAUGAAAUAGCUGAAAGUAUCUUAAGUUGUGUUUCUGAAAAUGUGGAUAUGGAGGCAGAUAAAGACUUGAGUAGAAGUUCACCAGUGACAAGAUAUCAAGCUGAUGUAGCUGUCGCUGAAACGGUCAGCCUGUUGGAACAGCACCAACAUUUCUGUGUUCAAGCCACUGAUAAUACUGAAAAGGUCAUUGGAAAUCAAGCCCCUGUUCAGAGUCGUCAACCCAAGAGUGACUGUCAGCUGAGAAAAGAAUUCGGCAUCACCUCUGAUGUACAAAUUCGCUUGCAAAGAGCAAAGCCGGCUGUGAAGCCAGAUCAACAAACAGAGAGACUUAUCAUAAACAAACGCACAUUAGACGGCCUUCGUAAAGUCCUCCAGGAUUCAAAGCUGCAGUCAAAAAUACAGCAGAUGAUCCAGGUUCCCUGCACAGAAACGGAGGACGAUGAACAUCUCAAGGUCAAAAGAAAAAAGCAGAAGCAGGAUGGGAGUCACAAUAUUCUCUCUCUAAAACCCCCUAACAUUUCACCUUCCUUUAAAUGCUCAGUUAUUCCCAUGGAAAACGGCUCGGGCUCACAGAACUGUCAAGAACAGGUUUGUUCACCAACAGAAUCUGCAGCUGAUAAGGUUCAUAUGCAAUCUGAAAUGCCAGCAGAUUAUACUGGCAACACAUGCUGUAUUUCUCCUUCACCUGAGCAAAACUCAACACAGACUGCUUGUCAUCCCUUCUCAACUACCUCUGUAAGGAAGACGCCACCGCGCUCUAAAAAAGGGAAAGUGUGUACGGCCUGUCCCUGUGGGACCGUUAUAGGGCUUGCAGAAGCCACUUCGUCACUCCAUACACAGGAGAAGCCCAAUCCAUGUUCUGUUGUCGAAUCACACAAAGGGACAAGAAAAAGCCCAUCUGAGAGUCGCCAACCUCAGAGACUACAACUAAAAGAUCAAUACCCUUUUAUGAAAGCAAUAAAGAAACUGUUAUCAAGUCCAUGUAAAGACAUGGCUCCAUUAGUAAGCCCUACUAGUGAAUCCUCAAAUAACAUCAUCUCACCUAAUAGCUUAAGUGCAUCCUCUUCAUCCAGUUUACAGGACUGCAACAACCAGAUUGUACUGUGCUUAAGCGGAACAAAAUGCACUGACAUGUCAAGCAGCAACAUGGAUGCUGAAACGGCUCAGCAAGACACCAGCCAGGCGCAGACGGCAUCAAACGACCCCAUCAUGCCAUUCUCUAAGAAACACCCAGCUCCCGAAAUAGACAGCUUUCCAACCCAAGCGCUCUACUCGUUGGAAACGCUGGAUGCUGAGGAGAUAAAGCGACAGGAGAGGAUCAAACGUUUGAAGGAUCUCCUGAAGGAGAAAGAGGCUGCGCUGGAGCGGAUGCAACGAAGUAUGAAUGUUUAGUUGUGUCUGUUUAAUUAACUGUACCCUGCAGGAGAGACUGAAUAUGACUGGGAAUACCUCCAUUAAAUGUUUAAGAAAAAAAUAUACAGCAUCUUUGUUUUUUCCCCCAUGUUUACUGGAUCUCUGUUUCCGCUUAUUUUUUUAUUCAGUGUUUGAGUACCUAAGUGUUAUUUAUAGUUUGUUGCAAUACUUAAGCAACUUUAUAUACCAUCAUCUUUUUUACAUCUUUGUAUGAUUCAUGUGCCUUCAUUAAUACUUGUUUUUCUGUAGUUAAAUUCUUCUAAAUUGUAAUAGCCUAAUUUUUGUGAUUUUAAUAAAUAAAAUGCACUUUUGGAGAA